UAAACGCAAGACAUCGUCAUCGUUCGCAAUUUUGAUAAUCACAAAUAAAAAAGGUACCAAUUUCCCGUUUGUCUAGACAACGUGCCACUUUUGAUCCUACCCCUUUUAAACAACAUAAAAAAGACAGACAAAAUUUCAAGAAGGAAUGAUAAACAUGAAUUUUUCAAAUCUUCAUAUAAAAACAACCGGAAUAAGCACGUGAAUUUUAUUCCGUCUGGUUUCCUGGCAAAGAAAAAACAAGAACAAACAAAAAGUAAACAAUAACAGUGUUGCUAUCAUCUACGCGGUUAUCGGUAUUUCACCGGCGGCAGCAAUGAACCACUUCCGAGCCAGUUUUCCGGUCGUGAACCGGGAGCUGCUGAACUGGUUCCCGGGCCACAUGGGCAAGGGAAUGAAGCAGAUGCAGCAGAAGCUAAAGCAGGUAGAUUGUGUCAUCGAGGUGCACGACGCUCGAAUUCCAUUGUCUGGACGGAACUCCGAGUUUCGGCAUACCAUCAGUGGCAUCAAACCGCACAUCCUGGUGCUGAACAAAAAGGAUCUGAUCGAAAAACGUACUCGCCCUUCGAUCGUUAGUCGGCUACAAGAGAGGGAGGACGUACAGCACGUGGUUUUUACGAAUUGCAAGCAACAGACCUGCGACGGCAUUCGAAAAGUAAUGCCUUUGGCACAGGAUUUGAUUCUCAGCUCCAACAGGUUCAACAGGGCGGAUCAGAAAGAAUACUGCAUAAUGAUAAUUGGUGUGCCAAACGUGGGAAAAUCGUCGCUUAUCAAUGUCCUUCGCAAUCGUCAUCUGAACAGGAAGGGUGCGUCCCAAGUAGGGGCAAUCGCAGGAAUAACCCGAAGUGUUUUGAACAAAAUUAAAAUUUGUGAGGACCCUCUCGUUUUUCUGCUGGACACACCGGGAAUUCUUAAACCCAACAUAGCUGAUACAGAGACUGGCCUCCGUUUGGCUUUGGUAUCCUGCCUGCAGGAUCAUUUGGUCGGCGAAGAGCUUAUAGCAGACUAUCUGCUCUAUUUGCUCAAUAAAUCGGAAAAUUUUCGAUACCUCGAAUUCAUGGGAAUGACAAAACCAUCCGAUUCUAUAGCGGAAGUCCUGAUAGCCGGUGCGCAACACAUCAACAAGACCACCCGGAUACGAAACUACGACGGAACGAUGGUGAUUCGACCGGACAUCCAACUUGCCGCCAGAUACAUGAUCAAGGGCUUCCGAACCGGGGCUUUCGGAAAAAUACUGAUAGAUGCCGACAAAUUAGGGUGAUACACUCGCAUUGUUUGUUUUUUAGUAGACUUACAAAAAUAGAAGUUAAAAUAAAUGAUUAGUUAUUGAAAUUUUGAA